AUGAUGGUGGGAAGUCAAUUGAGAAAAUUAGAUUUGACAUGUCAAUACUGUGAAAAAAAGUUAAAAACACCCAAUGGAUUGGAUGACCAUUCACACAGAAAGCAUGGAACAGAAAGAAAAUUCCCUCCUGUUUUCAUUAGGAGAGGAAGACGACGCUCCAGGAACCAAAUCCCCUGUGAUGCAAUGAGUAAUCUUAAUCUCAACGAUGCGUAUCACUCCGAUUCAAUCCUUAUAGAGCAAAAUCCUAGCUACAACGUGGAUAAAUAUAUCAAGGAAGAACUCCAGCCAAAUGAAGCAUUCCAUAGACCAUAUAACCAGGAUAUUGAUGCGCUGGUCACGCUGAUGCAAGCAGACCUAGCUCAGGUGCUUUCUUAUGAUAUCCAGGAAGUAGUAAAGAGUGGCUCAUUGGGAAAAGGGACGGCUGUGAAGGGAAAUGUUGACGUUGAUUUGGUAGUUUUCCUAAAUGGCUUCAGAAAUCAAAAGGAUUUUAUUUCUAAAAGCCCAGAAAUUGUCGCAAACCUUAAAUCGUUUUUAAGAGAAGCAGGAAAACGAAGGGAUAUGUCAAUAAACAUAGAAAAGACGUCCAGCAGCGGUGCAGUGCAGUUUAAGUUUAGAAGAAACAAUGGAGAAUGGCAUGAUGUUGAUGUAAUGGCAGCAUUUGAUAAUAUAAGACAUCUUGGAUCAGUUGAAAGAGUGAAUGCGGAAAUGGCAAGACAAUCGGAGGAUGUCCGCAAAACAUACGCUGCCUGCCUCACGAAGGAGCAGCUAGAGUUUGUGAGAAGUAAACCAGCAAAAGUAAAGGAUUUGAUCAGAUUGGUUAAACACUGGAAAGAAACUCAUGUUACGGGGAUACCUUCACCAAAGUCAUAUGGCAUGGAGCUUCUUACCAUUGAAGCUUGGAAAGCAGGUGGUUCCCUUCAAGAUUUCAACACAAGGAAAGGAUUCUACUAUGUCUUGAAAAAACUUGAAAGUUUUGGCAAACUCUGGCAGACGCAGAAGAAUUCAUCGAGCAUACUAAUCAAGGAUAUCGCAGACCCUUUUGCGGAUGUCUCCAAGCGCUACGACCACUGGUAUGAACUGGGUCAGAAAGCUGGGAAAUGUGCAAAACAGAAUCUAUUUUCAGAUAUUGGCCUUUCUGAUCGUUCUUGGUAUUAGACAACCGACUCCUACAAAGGAAUGACUGGAGCUAUCUUUGGACUUUAAUACGAUAUUAUUCCAAUCGUAAAUGAUAUUUCAAAAUGACUUAUCUAGAUAUACUUAAUGCUUAUCAAGUUUAUACUUUUAAAACCAAAGCAAUGUUUAUAUAUUAUACUAUAUUGAAGUUUUUCAUUUUAAUAUCGAAUUUCAAAGGACUGGUCUAUGUACUUCAUGCUUACAUGUAUUUACAAUUGCAAAGGAAUGCUUUGACUGAAUAAGUUUACAUUUUAACAAAAAUGCUUUAUAUAAUAAUAAAAUGAUAUUUUAUUGUGUCAUGAAGGCCAA